AUGGCGAAGAUUCAGGCGCACAGCAACACGAAGCAAAUAAACCAAAUUCAAGACAAGCCGUAUGUGGUUCCACAAAAGCAAGUGCAACAACAGCACUUCCAGAAACUGAAGGUUGAAGAUGCUUUGUCAUACCUUGAUCAAGUUAAAAUACGAUUUGGGAAUGAUCCUGGAAUAUACAACAAGUUUCUCGACAUCAUGAAAGAGUUCAAAUCACAGAGCAUCGACACACCAGGGGUUAUAAACCGUGUGUCACAACUCUUUCAUGGGCACCCAGACCUGGUCUUGGGCUUCAAUGCUUUCCUGCCACCAGGUUAUCGGAUAGAAAUCCCUAAGAAUGGCAUGGUUUUCCUACAGUCUCCUCUCUCUACCCAGGUAUCCCAGCAGGGUAAGAACCUCACCAGCCCUGCAGUAACGACGACUUCUAGUAGUUCUUCUGCCACUCACAGCGAGGCGGGACCUGCCCAGAGUAGUGAAGUCAUGACAGCCCCAUCAGAGAACCUGUCUUCCCCGACUACUGCAGGACCACCAGAGCCCCCCAGUAGACUUUCCCUUCCUCUGACUGGCAGAGAGAACCAAAAUCAGGCCCCCUCCUCCUCUGUGUCCCCCCCUGCCUCAGAGCCCAGCCCUGUAGAGUUCGACAGUGCCAUCAGCUACGUAAACAAGAUCAAGAAUCGUUUCCUGGACCACCCAGAGAUCUAUAGAGCCUUCCUUGAGAUUCUGCAUACAUAUCAGAAGGAGCAACUAGAAGCGAAGGAGAGCCGAGGCAGCCGAGGCAGCAGUGGGAUGACAGAGGAUGAGGUGUUCUCCAAGGUGGCCAGUCUUUUUAAGGGACAGGAGGACCUGCUGGCUGAGUUUGGGCAGUUUUUGCCAGAUGCCAAGAGAUCACUGUUCACGGGGAGCUCUCUGACGGGGGGAAAGGAGCAGUUGAAGAGACCAGAGGAGGAAGACAUGAUGAGCAAACAAGGAAAGAAGAGGCCCAGGCCCAUGCUGCUGCCACACAUGACCCCGCUUCUCAAGAAAAAAAUGAAAUAUUCAUGUACCAAAGAUCAGUCCUUUGCUGCAGUUGGAAAACAUGGAGUCUUACGAGAGUUUACCUUCUUCGAUAAGGUUCGUCGGUUGUUCAAGAGCCAGGAAGUGUAUGAGAACUUCCUGCGCUGCAUUGCCUUGUUUAACCAGGAGGUGGUUUCAGGAGCUGAGCUGCUGCAGCUUGUCACUCCUUUCCUGGGGAAGUUUCCAGAACUUUACACUCAGUUCAAAUCAUUUCUGGGAGACAAAGAGCUCUCUCAUUCUGCAUCAGGGCUGUCAGAUCGCUACAUGGAGGGGGGAGGAGGCCGGGAAGUGGAUUAUGCCUCCUGCAAACGCCUGGGGUCUAGCUACAGAGCACUGCCCAAGACCUACCAGCAGCCUAAAUGCAGUGGACGGACUGCCAUCUGCAAGGAGGUGUUGAACGACACCUGGGUGUCAUUCCCCUCUUGGUCGGAGGAUUCUACCUUCGUCAGCUCCAAGAAGACUCCUUAUGAGGAGCAGCUGCACCGCUGUGAGGAUGAAAGGUUUGAGUUGGAUGUGGUCCUGGAGACGAACCUGGCCACCAUCCGGGUUCUAGAGAGUGUCCAGAAGAAGCUAUCCCGCCUCUCCCCUGAGGACCAGGAUAGAUUCCGAUUGGACGACUGCCUGGGCGGCACCUCCGAGGUGAUCCAGCGUCGUGCUGUUUACCGCAUCUAUGGUGACAAGGCACCCGAGAUAAUCGAGGGGCUGAAGAGGAGUCCUGCCACCGCUGUGCCUGUGGUUCUGAAAAGGUUGAAAGCCAAGGAGGAGGAGUGGAGAGAGGCUCAGCAGGGUUUCAAUAAGAUUUGGAGGGAGCAGUAUGAGAAGGCCUACCUCAAGUCCCUGGACCACCAAGGGGUCAACUUUAAACAGAAUGACAUGAAGGCCCUGCGUUCAAAGAGUCUCCUCAAUGAGAUCGAGAGCGUUUAUGAUGAGCGCCAGGAACAGAGCACUGAGGAGGGUGGUGUGGGCCAGCAGGGCCGUAACGGCUCUGGGUCAGCCUCAUCCAGCGAACCCCACAUGGUCUUCAGGUAUGAGGACAAGCAGAUCCUGGAGGACGCUGCUUCACUCAUCAUCUACCACGUCAAACGUCAGCCUGCCAUCCACAAGGAUGACAAGGACCACAUCAAGCGCAUCAUCCAGCACUUUGUCCCUGACCUUUUCUUCUCACGCCGCGGUGAGCUGAGCGAUACUGAAGAAUGGACGGAUGAGGAAGCUGAGCCUGAGGAGGGAGGAGCAGAGAGAGGAGGAGGAAGUGGUAAUACUAGUAAUACAUCAGGAGCAGGAACAGCCACAGGUAAUCAGUCCCAACCCCAACAACACCAGGCCCAAGCCCAGACCCAGUCUCAGCAGCAGGUGAAUGGUGAGCCCAGGCGACGGCGCUGCAGCCCAUCCCAGCCAGCAGACGCGGAAGCCCCGGCCACCUCCAGCAGCGCCAGCCAGCCUGGGGCCACAGCUGGAUCAGCCCCUGACACCACCUCAGUGGACACUGGCUCAACAGCAGCCGGGGAGAAGGUGGACCUGCGGGACCCCGAAGCAGAACACCAGAAGGAGCUGGAUGGUGUCUACAACCUGUUCUUCGUUAACAACAACUGGUAUUUCUUCCUGCGGCUGCACCAGACUCUUUGCUUGCGCCUCCUGCGGGUGUACCGGCAAGCGGAGCGACAGCUGCUGGAGCACAGGGCUGAGCAGAGCAGGGAGAGAAUGCUGAUGGCGGAGGGACGGCGGGACAAGGCUUGUGACUUGGCCAUGGAGUUACGCCUCAAACAGCCAAGUGAGGUGGAGCUGGAGGAGUACUAUCCAGCCUUUCUAGAUAUGGUUCGUAGCCUGCUGGAUGGCAACCUGGAGUCCACACAGUAUGAGGACACACUGAGAGAAAUGUUCACCAUCCAUGCCUACAUAGGCUUCACUAUAGACAAGCUCAUCCACAACAUCAUCCGACAGCUGCAGCAUCUUGUGAGCGAUGAGGUGUGUCUGCAGGUGACUGAUCUGUACCUGGCUGAAAGGAAGAGGGGGGCGGCUGGGGGUAACCUGUCUUCCCAAUGUGUUAGAGCAGCCUGGGAGACCAGCUACCAGUGGAAGUCUGAGAGGGUGAUGGCAGAGGAGAACUGCUUCAAGGUUAUGUUUAUUCAGAAUAAGGGUAAUGUCACAAUGACCAUCGAGUUGCUGGACACCGAGGAGGCCCAGGCCGAUGACCCAUUAGAUGUACAGUGUCUGUCCAGUUACAUGGAACAGUUUGUUGGAACCGAGUCAAGUCUUUGUUCUCAGGCGGAGGGCUAUUUCUUCAAGCCUGUGUUUCUGCCCAGGAACCUGCGUCGUUUCCGCCGCUGGCAGGUGCGACAGGUGGAGGCCAUGCGCUGCAGGAGAGAGUGGCACCGACAGCUGGGUGUGGAGAAUGCCGGCAGCCUGGACUGUCACUUCAAACUGAACACGCACAAGAUGGUGUUUGUCAUGAACUCCGAGGACUAUAUGUACCGUCGAGGGGCCCUUGUCAAGGCCAGGAAGUCCCAGCACAGAGUGGCUGUGAGCCAGCAUGAGCGCUUCGACAAGUGGCAUCAGGGGUGGCUGGCUGAUCAUGUGACUGCGUCGGCUGAGCGCUCGGUGCAAGAUUGGCUGAUGGGUGACGAGGACGAGGACAUGAUUCCUUGCAAGACCACCUGUCUGUCCACAGAGGUGAAAGGGCAAAUGGUUAACAGAUACCAAGUUCAUUACAGUGGUAGCAAACCCCCUGCCUCGCCUUAGAGGAUUGGAUAGAGACGGACAUGUGUACACACACACAUACACACAUGCACGCACAGACACACACACACAAAAGCAGAUUAAUGCAUGAAUAUAGAGGGCAUACACUCUUACACUACAUACAGACAUAACAUUCAAAGGCUGCAUUUCCAGUUCUCUACCUACCUCCACAAAGUGUUCACUCAUUCACUCCUUCUCAUGGAUUGCCGAAGGAAAGAACUUGUGUUCAGUCACAUGGUAAAGACUCCAGAGUAAUUGGACAACAUCAUAGCAGCCCAUAUUUGUGUCUGAGAGAGUCGAGUCGGUGAAUGAGCGCACAGUGCGAGGAGAACAUUGGAGAAUGGGACAGAGAGGGAUGGCGAGAUGCUGAACGUCGGUCAGCUCAUCUAACUAAUAUUGGGGCUAGACUCUUGCCCUCCGUGCAAAAGGUUGGACAUGGCACACAGGAGCUCUUCAUCAACCUAAGCGUUAACACCAUCAUCCUCGCUUCUCUGGUGGCAGUUGGCACUGCAAAGCUGAUCAGACUGAUGGACUGACACAGUCGGUCAGUCGGGAGAUUAUGAAAUCACAGUUUGUUUCAGAAAUGUGAAUGUUUGUUUUUGUUUGUGUAUUUUUUCUUCCUUUUUUUAAGUCCAUUGUAGGUUUUAGCUUCUAAAGCCAGAGAGCCUGUUGCUUGUUGGUCGGUUGGUUUAUGUGUGUUUAUACAGAGAGAUAAAUGUGUGUAUGUAUGUGUGUCCCGAUCCCUUCACAUUGUCUGUUUGUAUGCACAGUACAGGCUCUACAGCUCUAGUACCUGUGUUUAUUACUGUAUGUGCAUAUAUACAACAGUGACUGUAUUUUAUAUAUGCAUUUACAUGAGUAUGUUAAUUGAUGCAUCUGAAAAUCACGAUUCUUUACAGUGUUUGCUGUCAGCCAACUCAAUGUUUUCAAUUUGGUCAUCUAUUUUUCCCCCUCCCCUUUUUGUGUUGUAGCUUAUCUAAACAAGUUAUCACUAGAGUGACGACGAGUCCUUAAAUUUGAUUGGUUUAAUGUUAUGAGGCCACAAAAAUUUAUCAUUCAUGAUUUCACCAAAUGUUUACUUUCCAAUGUUGUCAUUUUUUGCAUACUGACAUUGAAAGACAAAAUAUCAGUGUUAAAAAAGAAUGUAUAACAUUUAUCCUGUAUCAGUUAUCAUGAAAUAAACAACCUAGU